UGUAUGACACCCGUAGCUAUAUAAAUUUACACUGGUCAAAUCUGCAUUUAGUUGUAUUGCUGAUAAAGAAGAUCAAAGUUAUUGAAAUGCAGAAGUUUUUGUGCGUGGUAGUGUUGUCGAUCCUUUGUGCAGAGAUGGUAUCUGGUAGGAAGUAUUGUCAAAAUUACCUCAUCAAACGUCAAAACAGAAGAGUCAGUAACUGGGAGGAUGCAAAGUUUCAAUGUGAAAGGAAAGGCAUGUCGCUGGUGAAAAUUGACAACAUGGAAGAGGACACCUUCUUGCGAUCCUUCUUAGAGAGAGAAAACGCUGGAUAUAAUGCUGAUGGAUGGUUCAUUGGUGGUAAAUAUAGCAAUGGCCGAUGGACUUGGUCGGAUGGAUCACCCAUGGUCUAUCAAAACUUUCCUGGAAGUAACCGAUUUACCGCCAUGGCUCAAGAAGUUACUAACUACGCCUUCAUCAUGAAGAGAGGUUAUCAAUGGGGAUACGUGUCUCCUUUUGGGACCCAAAGAAUGGGUUAUAUUUGUGAAAGUACCCGCUGUUGAACUUGAAUUAAAACAUUUCAAAAUAA